CCUCUUUGAAUUCUAAUUAAACUCUUCUCUUUCUCUUUUCUCUGUCUUUCGUAGAAGACGAGGAAGUAGUAGAGGCAGUUAGAGAAAGAUGCUGGAGAAUAUUCAGGCUGUUCCGGCGACGGAAUCCGCCCCAGUCGUCAAGCGCUAUGCUCCUCCCAACCAGAGAAACCGUUCUGCCAACAGGCGCAAAUCAUCUGAUCGUCUUGAUCGGACAAACAGUGUUGGGACUGAGUUAGAAAAGAAUCAAGUCGCUCCUUCAAGAAGUGUUCACAUUCCAGAUCAUGGAGAUGCUGGUAGCAGUAAUCUUAUUAACGAAAAUCACCAUUCAAGAUUCAUAGCUUUAGAAGGGUGUGGUUGCAGUGCAGCUUCCCAGCUUCUUAAUGAUCGUUGGGCAGCUGCAAUGCAAUCCUACAAUAAUUCCAAAGACUCAUCUGACAAGCCAGUCAUGUAUUCGAGUGGUGCGUCAGCAUGGACUCAGCAGCAGUUUAGACCUCCUCAGCAGCAGGAUUUCCUGGCAGAACUUCGUCGCCAAAUGCAAAACGCUAAUCCUAAUUCCACAUGAUGGCUCACUUGGAUGGCUUGUCUAAUAAAGUUUUUUGGAAGAACGUGGAUUAGCCGACUGCUUUAAGAACACUUCCAUGUUUAGCUACUUCUUGUUUUGUCAAACUCGUUACUAAUACAUGUAACGGAAUUUCAGAUUAUCCUAUUUAAAUUGUAUAAAUUGGGGAUGCCGCACAUUCAGGAUUCCUAUUUAAAGGUUUAUUCAGUAUUCUUGCAAA